CCCCUGCUACCCCUCCCAGAGCUGGGUCUCCACCCUCUGCCAGCCCCCCAACUCCUCCCAGAGCUGGGUCUCCACCCCCUGUCAGCCCUCCACACACUGCCACCCCUCCCAGAGCUGGGUCUCCACCCCCUGCCAGCCCCCCAACCCCUCCCAGGGCUGGGUCUCCACUUCUUCAUUCUCUACCCUCUGCCACCCCCCCUUCCCCAGUGUCUCUGAGCCAGCCCCCAGAUACGUUUCUGCCCAUGGAGGAGGAUGCCCCUUGCUUGGGUCCCAUAUCAUCCCAGGGCCCCACUGAGGGCUCCCUGCUGGCAGAGCUGGUGCCCACUGAGGGGCCCCAUGGCAGUCUCCCAGAUGUGCCAACUGGGCCCCUCGCUAACCCCACUAAUCCAUCAUUGGCUGGAGGGGAGCCUGCUCAAAGCUGCCCAGUUCUCUCCAGCGCAGAGUCCUGCUCCCUGGAAUCUCUGCCUCAGUCCGUGCCCCCGUGGCCCUGGCAUCCUGGCCCCUCCACGGCUGCAGCCCCCAUGCCUGGCGAGGACCCCAUGGCAGGUGGGGAGGCACCGCCGGAGCCCUCCCACAGGCCCUGCCUGGCGCCAGAGGCCAGCCUGGCGGAGCUCCUCCCGGAGUCAGGACACAACGGCAUAGCAGGGCAGGAGGCCGGGAGGUGGCCAGAGCUCAGGGAGCUGGAGCUGGAGCCAGGAGAGAAGGGGACACAGCCUGGGUCUCUCUGCAAGGCGGCGCUGGAGGAGGGGGAGACCGUUGAGGGCCCCUCCCUCCGUACUGCGUAGACAGCAGGGGCUGCCGGACCCCCGCACUCAUCCUACCCACAGAGCCCGCGUGGGCUCGGCUUUAUGACUGCAACGUGCCAGGGGGCUGCUUGGAUUGCACCCCCCCGGGCCCUUCUAAGAACCAGCAAUUCCCCCCUCCCCCCACUCUGGGGGUGCCUGCGCUCUGAACCCCCAGCACCUCGGUCUCUGCUCGCUGGGUGAGCCCCCGACCCACCAUGUUACCCUGCAACCUGGGCCGUGGCCUCCACGGCCAAAUAAAGGAGCUGUGGGAACUGGC